AUGCAGAUCUUCCUGAAAACCUUAACUGGUAAGAUCAUCAACCUAGAGGUCGAGCCCAGUGACACCAUUGAGAGUGUCAAGGCAAAGAUCCAGGACAAGGAGGGCAUCCCCCCUGACCAGCAGAGGCUGAUCUUUGCUGGAAAGCAGCUGGAAGAUGGCUGCACCCAGUCCGACUACAAUAUCCAGAAGGAGUCCACCCUGCACCUGGUCCUCCGCCUCAGGGUUGGGAUGCAGAUCUUUGUGAAGACCCUGACCGGUAAGACCAUCACCCUGGAGGUCGAGCCCAGGGACACCAUUGAGAAUGUCAAGGCAAAGAUCUAGGACAAGGAGGGCAUACCCCCUGACCAGCUGAGGCUAAUCUUUGCCGGUAAGCAGCUGGAAGAUGGCCGCACCCUGUCCGACUACAACAUCCAGGAGUCCACCCGGCACCUGGUCCUCUGCCUCAGGUGUGGGUUGCAGAUCUUUGUGAAGACCCUAGCAGGCAAGACCAUCACCCUGGAAAUAGAGCCCAGUAACACCACCAAGAAAGUCAAAUAGGAAGAUGGACGCACCUUUCUCACUACACUGUCUAGAAAGAGCACACCUUGUGCUUGUUCUUGGGCUUGAGGGGAGGUGUUUUAAUUUACCCCAUCUUUUAAGUUGUUAACAAGUUUCAUUGCACUUUGAAUAAAGUUCUUGCAUCCAC